AUGCGCGGGGCAGCAGAGCGCGACGUGCGGGCUGCCGUAGAGUGCGACGAGUGGGUUGCAGCAGAGCGCGACGCGCGGGGCAGCAGAGCGCGACGCGCGGGCUGCCAGGCGCUGAAGAACGCGGGGACAGAGGCAGAGUCGCAUAAGAUCGCGGAGGCAGAGGCGCAGACUCGAGCAGAGGCAGAGGCGCACAAGAUCGCGGGGACAGAGGCAGAGGCGCGUAAUAUCGCGGAGGCAGAGGCACACACCCUCGCAGAGGCAGAGGCGCAGAAAAUCGCGGGGACAGAGGCAGAGGCGCGUAAUAUCGCGGAGGCAGAGGCGCAGACCCUCGCAGAGGCAGAUGCGCAGAAGAUCGCGGGGACAGAGGCAGAGGCGCAUAAUAUUGCGGAGGCAGAGGCGCGGAAGCUCGCAGAGGUGGAGGCGACGAAGAGGACGGAUGCUGGGGCUCAGAAAAUGGUUGUGGCAGAGGCACGGAAAAAUGCGGAUACAGAGGCAGAGAAGUUUGCUGAGGCAGAAACGCAGAAAAUCGCUGAGGAGGAGGCGCCGACGAAUGCAAGGGCAGAGACGCAGAAUAGGGUAGAGGCAGAGAAGCAUAACAUGGCGGAUGCAGAGGAGCAUAAGAUCUCGGAGGCAGAGGAGCGGAAGAGUGCGGAUGCAGAUGAGCCGAGCAUCGCAGAGGCAGAUGCGUAG